GACUCCGCGCCCGCAGGAGGUGCGCGGGGCGGCGCGGGGGUCGCCUCGCCUCUUCUCGCCUCGCCAUGCCGACGGCGUGACCGAGCGCCGCGCUCCCCUCCGCCCCGCGCCGCUCCGCUCCCUUCCGCCCACCUCCGCCGCAUGCCGCCGGCAUCCGCGGCGCGCUGAUGCCCCGGGGCCGCAGCGGCGCUGCGGACGGCCCCUAGGAUGAGCGAGGGGGCUGCCGGCGCCGCGGCGCCCGGGGCGGCGGAGGCGGCGGCGGGGGGCCCGGGCGGGGAUGGGGCCGGGGGGCCGCCGCGAGAACUGCGCUGCAGCGACUGCAUCGUCUGGAACCGGCAGCAGACGUGGCUGUGCGUGGUGCCCCUCUUCAUAGGCUUCAUCGGCCUGGGGCUCAGCCUCAUGCUGCUCAAGUGGAUCGUGGUGGGCUCCGUCAAGGAGUACGUCCCCACCGAGCUGAUGGACGCCAAGGGCGUGGGGCAGGACCCCUUCUUCCUCUCCAAGCCCACCGCCCCUCCCCGCGGCGCGGAGACCACCGCCGCCGCCACGCCGCGGCCGCCCAGCCGCGUCAGCCCCCGCCUCACCACGAUGAGCAGGGCCCCCCCGAGGCCCCCCGGCACCCGCGGCCCGGCGCGAGGCGGCCCCAGGCCAACGGUCCCUCGGCACCCCGCCGCGCCCCACACGGCGCCUCCCGCCAGCGGUCCCCCCGGCACCGCCGGCCGCGCCGGUCGCCCGCCGCCCGCCGCUCCCAGCACCCCGCCGCUGCCCGCCUGGCCCACUGCGGCACACGCUACCUCCUCCUACAAGAUCUACGUCCACGACUCGGCGCCCUCCUGGACCUUGUCUCCCUUCCAGGAAUCUACCACCACCACGCCGGAGACCACCACCACCCCCAAAAUCCAUACUACAACGUAUUCCACUGAGCGAUCUGAGCACUUUAAGCCAUGCAAAGACAAGGAUCUUGCAUACUGUCUCAACGAGGGGGAAUGCUUUGUGAUUGAAACCUUAACAGGAUCACAUAAACACUGCCGGUGCAAAGAGGGCUACCAAGGAGUCCGCUGUGACCAAUUUUUGCCGAAAACCGACUCAAUCUUGUCAGAUCCAACAGACCAUUUAGGAAUUGAAUUCAUGGAGAGCGAAGAAAUUUACCAGCGCCAGGUGCUGUCUAUUUCCUGUAUCGUCUUUGGCAUAGUCGUAGUGGGCAUGCUUUGUGCAGCGUUCUACUUCAAAACAAAGAAACAAACAAAGCAAAUUCAUGAACAGCUGAAAGAAACACAGAAUAGGAAAACCUACAGCCUAAAUGCUUCCAGCAUGAUGGCAAAGUCAGAGUGUGUGGCACAAAGCCGAGUCCAGCUGCAAAAUUACUCCAAAACAGAUAGGCACCCUGGGCCUGCUCUGGACAAGGUCAUGGAGUCCAGCUUUUCAGGUCCUCAGUCUUUCCCAGAGGCUUUGUCUCCUGACAGAGGAACUCAGCUGACCAAGCAACACAGAAGUCUCUCUUCAUGCUGCAGCCCAGGACAGAAAAGCGGGAUGCUACAUAGAAAUGCCUUUCGGAGGACUCCUCCCUUACCUCGGGGUAGGUUCAAUGGGAUUACAGGACCAGCAUAUCAACAGCUAGAAGAGUCCAGGAUCACAGAGCAGGACACAAUACCUUGUCAUGGGUAUUCAUCUAGUGGUUUAAAAACUCCUCAGAAUACUUCAAUAAAUAUGCAACUGCCUUCAAGAGAGACAACCCCUUAUUUUAAUAACACGGAUCAGAAGGACUUGGUCGGAUACUCAUCUUCAAGGGCCAACUCAGUUCCCAUCAUCCCAUCUGUGGGCUUGGACGAAGCCUGCAUGCAAAUGCAAAAUGUUUCUGAAGUAACAGGCAUCAAAUGGUGCAAAAACUCCUAUUCAGCUGAACUUGUCAAUGUGAGUUCCCCUGUCAGUAAUUGUCUUAUAGCAGAACAACACGAAGUGAAAAUAUUGCUAGAAACUGUGCAGGAGCAGAUUCGGAUUCUGACUGAUGCGAGGAGGUCGGAGGACUUCGAACUGACGAGCGUAGACGCGAAGAGCAGCGCAAGCGAGAACACCGCAUUCCUGCCUAUGAGCCCUGUGGCCAAGGCAGACCGAGAGGCACAAUUUGUCUUAAAAAGUGAAACGCAAAGAGACUCAGCAUUGACCAAGUGACUUUGUGUGGGGGUCGCAGGAGGGGGAAUAAGAGAUCUGUGCAUUCGAUGCUUUGCUAAACAGGAAAGGAGGAAAUUAAAUACAAAUUAUUUAUAUGCAUUAAUUUAAGAGCAUCUACUUAGAAGAAACCAAAUAGUCAAUCGCCCUCAUAUCAUAGUGUUUUUUAACAAAAUAUUUUUUUAAAGGAAAGAAAUGUUCCGGGAGGGAUAAGGCAUACAUCAGGUGCUUUCUAGGCAGGAUUAUACAUACAGUUUCAGUUCCAGAGUAUUUUAACACUGUCCUGUUUGGCUGUCAGAAGGCUUAGGCUAUGUAUCCUAUUUUCAAUCAAGGCCAAGACCGUUCUUAGAACCAUUCUUGGUUUCAGGGCAGCACUGCAGUGAAUGCUGGCCAGGGGUGCAAGUCCCAAAACCCUAGCACAGACCCGGUCCCCCCUGCUCUCAGUUCUAGGUUCAUACUGAGGGAGGAGACACACAAACAUCUACUUCUUAGCACUAACUGUGGAAUGACCGUAAAUCCUUAACUGAACCAGAUGCUUGACUCUACCUUACUUGAGUGUGUCAGUCAGCUCAAGACAGUGGAAACUUUUAGGAGCUUUGGGUCAGGCCAAGCCUGGAGAGGGAUUGGGGCCUCUGGAGGUGCAGUGGCCCUGUGGCUGCUUCAUCCUCUGAGCUUUGUCCAUCAGAGCUUCUUGGUUGGAGGAAGAGGAAGAACAAGGGAUACUCGAAGUGCAGAAGCACGCAUAAUGGCAGGUUUGGGUUAGUUUAGUUUUUAAGAGGGGGAAUGUAAACUCUGCUGUUCUUUACUGAUCCCUAAACAUUUCUAAAUUGUUAUACUUUGAAGGCAUUUGUACGCUCUCAAGGAGCACUUCUGAGUGUGUGUGUAUUUUUUUCUUUUUUUACUUAUUUUUAUUAUGGGUUAUUCAGAGAUGAGUCUGGGAGAUCCAACACGAUCAGAGGCCAGCUGGUAGGUGUCCAUGCUGCCCUAAUUUGAUCCUGCUCUCAGUUCUCUGAUCACUUUAAUUAAUCGUGGUUUUGGCUUGUGAACGUUAAAGCUCUGGCCCUGCAGAUAGGUCAGUAUGGGCAGACCCAGGAGCAUGCUCACAACUGAUUCUGAUGGGGCUGUACGUGAGCAGAUGGUUUCCAGCAAAUCAAUCCCUGCUGCCUUACAGAAGGCCUUAGAGAAGAAAUGUCAUUUCCUGGUUACAGUAUCCCAAUCAUAUUAUAAGCCUUUUUUUUUUUUUUUUUUGCAUUUGCUUUCUUUCGAGUCCCUCAUCCUCCCAAUAAAUUGUAAUAUAAUAUGCAAAUAAUGCAAUGAAUUGGGUUCAGUGGCUCACAUGUUACUGUUUUCAUUGUUAUUAAAAUAUCUGCUUAUUUGUGGGGAAAAAGAGUAUAAACUAUAAUAAAUAAUUACCAAAUAGCCUUCCCUGAUAAUGUCAGAAGAUUGAUUUUAAAAAUUACCAUACAUACAGAAUGUAUUAAAAUAUUCUUUGCAGCAAAUUAAUUGUUAAAUUUAUUAGAUGAGCCCCAGACUUUCCAGUUCACAAGUCUCAAGACUUCCCAAAAUAGCACAGCUGGUCACACAGUGCUGUUGUAUGUUUAGUCAGAAUAAAGCAAUAUUUUAACCUCUGUCAAGUAAAUUUGAAAAAGAAAAUGCUGAAGAUGUAUGUCAUUUAUUUUGUGCCUAGCUGAGGCAUUAAAAAAAAUCCUCUUCACAAAUCUUCAUUCAACAAGUCUUACUUUGGUUUUCUUGUCUUUUUUCUUUUAAUUUUUUGGUUUUUUGUUUUUGUUUUGUGUGUAUGUGUGUGUUUUGUUGUUUUGUUUUGGCUCUUCUUUUUUUUUUUUUUUUUUUUUUUAAGAUGAUGAAAUUGUCUUGUUUACAGAACUUUCUAUGGCUGUAAUCUUUGCUGUGUGUUUUCAAUAAAAGUCUAUUUGAGGGCAAAUUAUGCUUUAUGCCCAGGAUGGAGCAUGCCUCAUUCAGACUCCUUUCUAAAAACCUUCAGAGCUCUUCUCGUAUCAGGAGGGUGAGGCUGUAGGCUGGGAUCCCCACAAGGAGUGGUCCCUCCAUGCCGUGUUUCUGCACUGCGUAUGGCUGGGCACAAUCUCACUGGGCUGAACUGCCUGUGCUGGCAUGGCACAAAACCUGUGCCAGGCAAACCUCUGGAAGAUGACCUGUGCUAAGUGGGGCUCAGCUGCACAUCAGCCCAGUUGUGUGACUUUUCUGUUAAGGCCAUUUGUAUCCUGCCAGCUCAGGACAUAAGCCAAGUGAGCGUGCAUCUACCCCUAAGUGAACACACCUGUAAUUUGAAAAAUGACUUCCACAUAAAGCUCCAAUUCAGUAAUUUGUGAAGCAUGCUCACAGUUAACUUUUCACCAUUAAUUACAUCGAGAAAUGGUGUCUCUGCAGUAAAAUGCAAAAUCUUUCACAAACUGCUCUGUCAACACCAGAUCUUUUCAAUCCAGCUGUAAGGCCUACUUGCCCCCAAAUCCUGCCAGACUGUGCAAACUCUCUUCUGGCAAAAUAUUGGAAACACACUGCAGGAUUUCUGUUGAAGAAAGAACUAUAUCAUAAGCAAUGCCUUUAAUGAGCGAAUGUGUUCACUGAGCACCCCCAAAAGACCCAGAAAGAGGGCAAGAGCAAUGUACUUUCAUACAACGAAAUGUUUGACUGAAUGAUUGAUGGAGAUCCGAAAUGGUGAGAAUACCUUCAGUUCAUGUUAGAGAUGCGAUCUUGUAUUCAGCAAAGGAUGUGUGACUGUUAUAUGUUAACUGUUCUAUUCAGUUUUCAGCAUGUUUGAAUAGAGAGACGUUAAUAUUAACCA